AUGUGCAAAGAAGAGCGUCCCUUGUCGACGGUCAAGUUCCUCGGCGACGCCUUAUCCCUGAACCAUAUUGCAAGCACUCCGAACCCAGAAGCAAACCAAACCGACAAUGGAAGAACACCAGAAGAGAUCUCGGUCUUCGAUAAUAUCUACUUACCAAUCCUAACAAGAAGCGGCAUUCCAAUCACAGACCAAGACAGGGAAGAAAUAAGACUGCGCGGUUUAUCGCCCAUUCCGGAAGAGCAUGUCACAUGGGCAAGAGCAGAUCAAGCAUGGCGGUCUUUCGAACAAUCAAGGGAGAUGCAGCCAGCGCAAAGCCCAGUGCGAUGGCUUUUGGACGAAAGCAUGCGCUUUGAAGAACCCGAAGAAUACAUCAGCGACCCGGGCCUACCAACCGAUGACCUUGGUAACCGAUCUUUUGAUCUCCCGACUUUAGCAUCCUUCCUCCCGAUCCCACCUCCGGAAACCUGGUCUGUCGACACACAAGAUGCUCACACCGCUAGCAGUAAUUUGACGAGAUUAUCAGCACGCCUGCCAGGCACCGAAGGCCGUCGCUCGACAACUCCUAACCAGCUGCAGGAGCUGAGGAAUACUGUGCAGACGGUCAGUAGUCGUGAUGCGAUGUUUGGGGAUGAGGGCUAUCAGAGUUUGAGAUCGAGUGACUCGGAGAGUGAGACGAAGGAGGGUGAGAGUGAGGAGGGGGAGGUGGAGUAG